GCCGUCACCGCAGCAACCCGCUUACCAGAUCUUAUUUGGAAAAUCGCUGAUCUUAUUGAUUAACCAUGUCCAUCUCCGAGUUCCGACGAAAGAAGCUCCUCUACGUCUUUAACGUUUUCUUCGAUGUCAAUCAGAGCGGCACGAUAGAAAGGAAAGAUUUUGAGCUGGCUAUUGAUAAAAUCUGCCACCUCCGAGGAUGGAAGCCCGGAGACCCCAAGAACACGGAGACACACGAGAUCAUGAUCAAGAUCUGGGAUGGACUCCGGAAGAGAGCUGACUCCAACAAAGAUGGACAGGUUUCCGUGGAAGAAUGGACUUCGAUGUGGAACGACUACGCCCAGAACCCUUCAGCUGCUCUUAAGUGGCAGCAACUGUAUGCUCAGUUCAUGUUCCAACUGGAAGACGCCAGUGCUGAUGGCACCAUCGAUAGUGAUGAGUUCACUACCGUCUGCUCCUCCUAUGGGAUCGACCCUCAGGAGUGUAAGGUGGCCUUUACUAAGAUGGCUAAGGGCAAGAGCAGCGUCUCGUGGGAGGAGUUCCAGGAGCUAUGGAAGGAGUACUUCUCCACCGAGGAUCCUAACGCUCCCGGCAACUUUAUAUUUGGCAGAACUAGCUUCUAAGCACAAAGUUCACAGCACGCCACGUGCACCACGAGACAAGAGGAGAAAUGAAGAUAUUUCACAGACAAACCGUCUAACAUUCCAUGGAUUAAAAUAGAUGUAAUCACGACAAGGUUCGGCUUCAACGGGUCUUUCUCACGGCCGCUUUAGUAAUCGCAGCGGAGGCUAGGCUAUCCCCAGCUUCGGAAGCCCGUACGUGACCCCUUUUAUGUGUCAAUAUCUAACAGCCUUUGAUCCAUUCACGAGUCGCAACUGAGACCGUGCCAGCUGCUUGUUAAGAAAAGUUCAAUGGAUAACGAACCUAGUUUAAGUAUCGUGACUAGUUUCACAAGAACCUAAUAGAUAUCGCUUGCGGUCACAGUGGACCGAUAAAAGAUAGGUUUAGUUUGGAGUUUCGUCAAGUACACUCGUCCGUGGAUCAGAGGUAUCAAAAUUUUCAUUUUACGUGUGUAUGUGUU